AUUCCAUUUUGUGUCACAUUUUUUGGCUUCUUAUCUUGCUCGACGAGACAGAAAGAUAGAUGCAGCUGCUCACUCAAGAUUUCCCGUAAGCACGAGAGACUAGUUACCUCCCAGAGACAUGGUGCGUGCCUGCCGCUUCGGCAUUGCUGUCGUUUCGCAUGGCUAAAACAGCCAACCAGUCAUUCGGUAAACCCCUACCUAUAUUGCACAUGCUUUCACGCCAGAAAACGGGAAUGGACGAUGGGUCCUGAAGUCGUAGACUGAUCAGGGCUCCCUCUAGGUAUAUCGUUGCCGGCAUGGAACAAAGCAGUAGAGUCCAUCAACCCAGAAACGCAUGCGUCAUUUGCCAAUCUUCCUUGGUACCCUUGGUGGGUGAGACGACAAAUUCGCGACCAGCCUCCGCGUCUGCGGUUGGCCUUGCCAAAUGGGGGAUGCGCCUCGGGUUGGGACUGGGACACGCACCUCCUUCCUUUAUGGAACAAGGUUCAGGAGCUCAUCCUGGUCUCGGGGCUGAGAACCAUCGACGACAUUGUGAACGCACUGAUAGAUAUCGAUUUGAUAUCGGCGAAUGGCAGCUAUGAAGCUAUGCAGUCAGCCAAGGAUAUUGUGUUCUCGAUUCUGGGCUGGCAGACGAUGCUCUAUAAGCCCAAUUUUCUUGACGGUCCCUCUGGGGAUUUCACCAUUGUCGAUGAGAUGCAAGGGCAUCACGGCGAUUCUCAUGUGCGUUCAAGCCAAAUUUCUCUCGCAAGUAAACGCGACCUACCCAACUUUCUUCUCGGUUUCGGCAUGAUGCUCCCGCCCCGGGACUACUGUGCCUUCGGGGAUACCGACGAUGAGAAACAGCUCUUCCACAAGACGAAGGCAAUCAUGGCCAAAAAUCUCAAUGCACAUGUUCUGUCCAAGGUUUGCGGUCUCAGCUUGAAGUGGGUCGACUCGGUUUCCUGUCACUUGGAACUGGAUAAGAUUUCUGGCACUCUCUUCCUCUUCCGAUAUCCAUCAUUUUGCAUCUCAAAUCUUCAAGCUCGCGAAUCAAGGGAGUGGCACCGAAUGAGCUCCAUCUAUGGCUGCGCUGUAGAAGCGUUUGGUCAUGUCCCUUGGGCCAAUGAGGAGGACAUUACUGAGCUACUGCAGGAGAUUCUGCUCUCCUACCGCCUCCUAUUCGGUCAAAGCCGGCGGUCGAGAAGUCUUUUCCGCCGAUUGCGACCGUUCGCCCGCGUACCCCAAGAAGAGCACGACCGUGUUCUAUCUCUUAUUUGCGGUAAGAAGCGGUUCAGGUCCUCCAUCACGAUGACGGAGCGAGAGGAGUAUGUUUUGGCCAGUGACUUCCCGCACCUUCGAAGUAGGAUGGUCCGAUUGAACACCUACGCCACAAGCAAGAAGCCACACUCCAUUCGCCAGUUAUGGCGGGACAAGAGAGAUUCUACCGCUUGGCUCGCAUUCUGGAGUGUUUUGGUGUUUGGUUCCAUGAGCAUUGUCUUGGGGGUUAUCCAAACAGUGCUACAAAUUAUGCAGUACGUUCUCACACUGCAGCAGGCAAAAACUUCAAGCGAUCGAAUGUCAAGUCGUGACGGUACCUAAACAUAGUCCGGACGUUAAGAAAGGGGUUCUACUGGAGGGAGAAAGUUGGUUGUUUUGGGGGUGGUCGUAUGUUGUAUAUGUUCUGGACAUAAAUAGUAUAGAAGAGAGCUACUACUCUAAUACACGC